GCCGGCCAGGCGUGGUUAAAUAGAGGCUGUGCGCCGCAGACCGGCAGAUUAGCUCAGCACAGCCCGCCCUGAGGACACGGUGAACGGAGCUCCGGCUCAGAAUACUAUCCGGCUCUCUUUAAGCGUUUUUAUUCGAAGCUCGGGAUUUAAGCGACUCGCUUCCGUCGUAGCUGUGUGCUUUUUAUCCAGCCCUUAAAGGAAUGCCAAGAGAGCUCACCCAGAACAGGAUCCAAAAGAUUUGGGUUCCCACCAAGGAUGACAAGCGAAGAGGCACCGGAGCCCCACACUUCGCCAACCCCCCAACCGUCAUCGUGAUGGUGGGAUUGCCCGCUCGAGGAAAGACGUACAUUUCCAAGAAACUGACCCGCUACCUCAACUGGAUCGGCAUACCCACCAAAGUCUUCAACGUUGGAGAGUACCGCAGGGAGGCCGUCAAAAAUUACAGUUCCUAUGACUUCUUCAAGCCUGAUAACGAGUCUGCCGUGAAAAUCAGGCAGCAAUGUGCCUUAGCAGCUUUGAGAGAUGUCAAGUCCUACCUGAAGGACGAGGGAGGCCAAGUGGCGGUGUUUGACGCCACGAACACGACGAGAGAUAGACGGGAUCUGAUCCUAAAGUUUGGCACCGAGAACGAGUUUAAGAUCUUCUUCAUCGAGUCUGUCUGUGAGGAUCCCAGUGUUAUUGCGUCAAACAUAAUGGAAGUCAAGGUUUCCUGUCCGGACUACAAGGACUGUAACAAAACCGAAGCCAUGAUGGACUUCCAGAAACGAAUCGAAUGUUACAGAACCAGCUACCAGCCUCUGGAUCCGGACCAGUACGACAGGGAUCACUCCUUCAUCAAGGUGAUCGACGUGGGCCGCCGUUUCCUCGUCAACCGCAUCCAAGAUCACAUUCAGAGCAAAAUCGUCUACUAUCUGAUGAACAUCCACGUCCAGCCGCGCACCAUCUACCUGUGUCGACACGGAGAGAGCAAAGACAACUUGGAGGGCCGACUGGGAGGCGACUCGGGCCUGUCGCAUAGGGGCCGACAGUUUUCAGCCGCCUUGGCUCGGUUUGUUGAUGAGCAGCAGCUGAAGGACCUGAAGGUGUGGACCAGCCAGCUGUGCCGCAGCAUCCAGACCGCCGAGCACCUGGGGGUCCCCUACGAGCAAUGGAAGGCGCUCAACGAGAUCGACGCUGGUUUGUGUGAGGAAAUGACAUAUGAUGAAGUGAAGGAGAAAUUCCCUGAAGAGUUUGCACUGAGAGAUGAAGACAAGUACUACUACCGCUACCCAGCCGGAGAGUCGUACCAGGACCUGGUGCAGCGGGUGGAGCCAGUCAUCAUGGAGCUGGAGAGGCAGGAGAACGUGCUGGUGGUCUGCCAUCAGGCUGUGAUGCGAUGUCUGCUUGCCUACUUCCUUGAUAAGAGUGCAGAUGAGAUGCCGUACCUGAAGUGUCCCCUCCACACGGUCCUGAAGCUGACCCCGGUGGCCUACGGCUGUAAGGUGGAGUCCAUCUCCCUGAACGUGGAGGCGGUGAACACGCACAGAGACAGACCCGAGGAAGUGAAGCGGGGUCCCGGCACCCUGAUCAGGAGGAACAGCGUGACCCCCCUGACCAGCCCGGAGUCCCACAUCAAGAAGCCUCGCAUCGAGGACCUGGACGAGGCCCCCAUCCAGGAGCUGCCCGGCUCCGUAGCAUCGCUGGCCCUCUGCACCUCUGCUCACAUUCCCCUGGCUCUGGCCGGACAGCACUGGCUUGGCAAAGUUUGCCUAACCUGAGAAGUUCCUCCGUCUGCCAUGACAUCCUGCUGCCCUGCUAGUGGACGGCGUGGGCGAGUCACAGCGACACAAUCCGCUACAUCUUUAUCACUUCAAAUGGGAUUUCUUUUUUGAAUUUUUCACGAGAAUUUUGCAAAAAUGGAGUUUCUUUUUGGCUCACCAGUCUGGAUAUCGGUUCAUUUCAGAGACCAAAGACUAAAAUCACUAACAGGAGUUUUUAAUAUUAUCCCCCACCCUUUUCCUGACGACAUGGUAACGAUGUGUCCUCUGUAUGCUGACAUGUUUCAAACAAAGCAACAUUUUGCACAGCGGUGACUUUUUAAAAAACAUUUUAUUCUUUGGUUUUGCCGUAGAGUGCCUGUAGCGCUUGCUUUCUGCAAGCCCCAAGCAGCUUCUCUUGUUUCUCCAGACUCAACUGCUCAGAGAGGGAGAACAUUUCACCUAAUAACUCUACAUAUCAUUUCAAUGCGCUACUGUGUCUAGUAUUGAGUAUUUUUUUUAUUUUCUUUUGUGUAGUUUCAUUACCACAUUGCAUAUUGUUUAUGGAAAAUUAUUUAAUAUUUUUGUUUUGGUGUCAUUGACUGCUAUGCACAAAAUGAAGCCCCUAUUUUUGUUACACUGCGUGCUGUUCAUAAUAUCUGUAAAUGUUUGUACAUAUGGAGAAACUGGACUGGGAUGUGACUGGAGUUGUGGUGGGGGUCAGGGGGUCAUUUUUUUUUGUACUAAUAUGUUUGACUGAGAGGAAAGAAGCUGAUCAUUUUCACAGUUAAUAUUUUGUUAACAUGUCUGCUUGAGAAACUUGAAUUUUCUUUUUGUAAUAUUCUGUAUAUUUAUGUCGUUUUUGAACGACUGAAGCAAGAAGUUUCUUGUGCACAUGGGUUUAUGUUGUACAGAUUUUUUUUCUUUUCUUUUGCAUCUGGAACAAUAAAUUCACUUGACGAAAA